CCGCAGCAACCAAUACACCUCAUUCCGACCUUACACGACCCCGACCGAUUCUCCCCCCAUCAAUUGAUCCGUAUAUCGUGAUCAAUUGGGCCACCGUUGGCAGAGGCUCCCAUCUCACCGUCCUAAACCUCAGUCACGAUGCUGUCGCGAGCCGCCAGACCAGCUCUCCGAGCUGCCGCCGCAGCUCAGGCUCGGGCCGCCGUCCCGAGCUCCGCCGCCACCUAUGCGACCCUCCGUGAGAUCGAGGACCGUCUCAAGUCGAUCCGAAACAUCGAAAAGAUCACCAACACGAUGAAGAUUGUCGCCUCCACCAAGCUCACCCGUGCCCAGCGCGCCAUGAACAACUCCCGCAAGUACGGCCAGACCUCCAACGAGGUCUACGAGUCGGCCGAGACCAAGGCUCUCGAGACCGAGGACAAGAAGACCCUCAUCGUCGUCUGCUCCUCCGACAAGGGUCUCUGCGGUGGUAUUCACUCUAGUCUUGCCCGAUAUGUCCGCCGCCAGGCCGCCGACCAGGACUUCGACCUCGUCAUCAUCGGCGAGAAGGCCAAGGCCCAGCUUGGCCGAACCAACGCCAAGUCGAUCCAGCUCAGCUUCGCUGGUAUCGGCAAGGACGUCCCCACCUUUGCCGACGCCCAGGCUAUCGCCGAUCAGAUCGUUCAGCUUCCCACUGAGUACACCGACAUCAAGAUCCUGUACAACAGCUUCCUGAACGCCCAGAGCUACGAGCCCUCCAUCAUUGAGGCAUUUUCCGAGGAUGCCAUCACCCAGUCCCCCAACUUUUCCGCUUUCGAGGUUGAUGACGAGGUCCUCUCCAACAUGCGCGAGUACGGCCUGGCCAACUCCCUGUACUGGGCUCUUGCCGAGGGCCACGCCUGCGAGCAGUCUGCCCGACGAAAUGCCAUGGAUAACGCCUCCAAGAACGCCGGUGAGAUGAUUAGCAAGUACCAGAUUCUGUUCAACCGUACCCGACAGGCUGUCAUUACCGGAGAACUGGUCGAGAUUAUCACUGGUGCCACCGCCUCGGAGGAUAUGUAAACAGUGGGAGUGCAAGCCGGGGUGUGACGCUUCCCUUUGUAUCAAUGCCAGCGGGUUCAACCACGCCGUCCAUCAGUGUGUGGUUCUCCCGCCCCAGUGUAUCAAAGCCUUCAAUAAAUUCCUUAGUAGCUCACACUCCCCAAGCGUGGUAGUGAGAAGAGAACAAAAGAAAAAGAGAAAGGAGUAAUUGAUGUUGGAGAGCAUUUUUGAACAAGUUUCUAA